UGCACAGCCCGGGACUCGCAUCGCCGGCUCCGAGGCGGGCGGGCGAGCCCCUCCUGGCCGCCGGCCCCGCUGCCGCUGCCCGCCGAGCCGCCCGCGGCUCCCCGCCGCCGCCUCCCGCUGCCCCCGCCGGACUUUUCCCCGCUGCCGAGGAUGAGGCGGCCGACGCGGCGGCUGGCGCUGUCUCUGCUGGGGGUGCUCUGGCUCGCCGCCCUCCUCCUCUUCUUCGGGGCGCGGAGGAAGUUGGAGGCGGCGGAGCCCGAAGGACACACGCCGGAGGAACCCAACGCGGACUGGGACGACCUGUGGGAUGAGUUUGAAGAGCGGCGGUACCUGAGCGCCCGGAGGUGGAAGGGCGGCGAGGAUCCCUACCGGCUCCACGCCUUUAACCAGCGCGAGAGCGAGAGGAUCCCCAGCGACCGCGCUGUGCGCGACACCCGCCAUCACAGGUGUACGACUUUGCACUACAGCCAGGACCUCCCACCCACCAGCGUGGUCAUCACCUUCCACAACGAGGCCAGGUCCACCCUGCUAAGGACAAUUCGGAGCGUGCUGAACCGCACCCCAGUGCACCUCGUCCAUGAAAUCAUACUCGUGGAUGACUUCAGUGAUGACCCUGAUGACUGCCGCUUGCUGGGCCAGCUGCCCAAGGUGCAGUGCCUGCGGAACGGACGGCGGGAAGGUCUGAUCCGGUCCCGAAUCCGAGGGGCAGACGUGGCUACAGCAGGUGUCCUGACCUUCCUGGACAGUCACUGCGAGGUGAAUAAGGACUGGCUGCUCCCUCUGCUGCAGAGGAUCAAAGAGGAUCCCACCCGAGUGGUCAGUCCCAUUAUUGACAUCAUCAACCUGGACACUUUUGCCUACGUGGCAGCUUCCUCAGACCUCAGAGGAGGUUUUGACUGGAGUCUGCAUUUCAAAUGGGAGCAGCUUUCCCCAGAGCAGAAAGCCAAACGACUUGAUCCCACCGAGCCCAUUAAGACACCCAUCAUUGCUGGGGGGCUGUUUGUGAUCGACAAGGCCUGGUUCAACCACCUGGGGAAGUAUGACAGUGCCAUGGACAUCUGGGGUGGGGAGAACUUUGAAAUCUCUUUCCGUGUGUGGAUGUGUGGGGGGAGCCUGGAAAUCAUCCCCUGCAGCCGUGUCGGGCACGUCUUUCGGAAGAAACAUCCCUACGUCUUUCCAGAGGGAAAUGCCAACACAUACAUUAAGAACACCAAGCGCACGGCGGAGGUGUGGAUGGACGAGUUCAAGCAGUACUACUACGCUGCCCGGCCCGCAGCCCAGGGGAGGCCUUUGGGCAAUGUCCAGAGCAGAGUGGAGCUACGGAAGAGGUUGAAAUGCCACAGCUUCAAGUGGUACCUGGAAAACGUUUAUCCCGAACUUCGGAUUCCUGAGGAAUCGCUCUAUCAGACUGGAAUCAUCAGGCAAAGGCAGAGCUGCCUGGAGUCACACAAGUCUGAAGACCAAGAGCUCCCCAUCCUGAGCUUAAAUCCCUGUAACAGCAGCAAAGGCACAGUACCAAAGGCACAGGAAUGGACGUACACAUACAACCACCACGUCCGCCAGCAGCAGCUGUGUUUGUCUGUGUACACCCUCUUCCCUGGUUCCCAGGUGCUGCUGUCACCUUGUAAAGAAGGUGACAACAAGCAGCGCUGGGGCAAAGUCGGGUCACACCUUGAGCACAUCGCUUCCCGCUUCUGCUUGGACACCGAGAGCGUGGGGGACACCAACGAGAGCAUCAAAGAGCUGGUGAUCAACCCCUGUGAGAGCACAGCCAUGAGCCAGCGCUGGGACAUGGUGAUGUCCUGACCUGCUGGAGGACGGGACGCGGAUGAGAUGUGCCGGAUGGGGCUGAAACCCAAACCCUGGGGGUCCCUGUGGCACAGGAGGAGAAUCACUCAAAUAAACAUGGGACACCGCACUCCAGGUGGAACAGCGGAUGUUGGCUGCCAGGCAUGCAGCUGGUGUUGGCCUGUUGGUGCUCAAGGAGGAGGGAUGGCAGAGAAACAAGCUUGAAAUGUUUUAGAGGGGUACUGGGAGGUCUUGCAAUGGGCUGUACAGAACUUCAGCAUGCACAGCAUUCAUUAAUCUCCCUGGAAAUGCAGGUAGAAGAGCCUUGAAUGCCUAAAGGAGACAGGCUGAGCAAAACAAGCACCUCAGUAGCUCCUGGGGGUUGAGGGGGGUGCACGAGGUGGGAUGUACCAAGGGAUGCUCUGAAACAUUGCCGGGGACCAAGUGGAAGACAGUGAAUCAUUUUUGCACUUUGCUGUGGAUGUUUCUGUCUUCUGCAGACCACAUGGGUUGAGCUGUGUUGCACAUUUGAAUUGGUACCUGAUCCACGUCCAUGGUGUGUAUACAGAGGCAGAGCAGUCCUUGAUGGCUGUGGCCAGGAUCAGAACAGUGAUGGGGAAUCCUGCUCUGUGCUAACUGCACACAGUGCUUGUUGAAUCUCCAAAGCCCAAGCAAACAGAGGAUUCACUGCAUGGGAUUAAAGGAUAUAAAUUUCUGUCAAGCUGGGAGGAAAGGCAGUAAUGUGAUUUUUUUCUCCUCUCUGAAGGCCAUGGAUCACUGAAAACUCCCGUAAAAUUUUGCUAUGUGUCUCUCACUGCUCUGCUUCAGAUCUGGACUAAUUCAAAUUUUCACUUUUCUAUAAAAGUAAUAUUUUUGGUAAUUGAAGGUAAUUGUGUCAUAUUUGUUUCCCAAUUUCCAAACUACACAUGAAGGGACUCCCAUAAAAAGCUGCUACUGAUGGAACGGUGAAGGUUUGAUUUUUAAUCAAAAUUAGAGGCUGCUCCAAGAAAGAAAAAGGGAUAUUACCUGGGUUUGCUUCCCAGUUUCCUUGUAGCCCACAGUGUAAAGUACUGAAGAAAAGGUUCUCAAAAGUGCAGCAGAAAUUACUUCCUCAGCUUUUGGAGAGAAGUCUUUUACCAGAGAUCAUGUCGUGUGUGGGAGUGAGGUGACUGCCUAAGGAGAGUAGGACAGACCACCUCAGGAGGGAGGAAUAGAAGACUGGAAGGUCCUUUCCAGCUUGUCUUUCAUGGCAGCUGUCACUACAGCCACAGGUAACAGGCUGUGCAUCACCAAGAGCUGUGCACACAGCUCUUGUCUAGUAAUGACUCCCAAAGAGAACUUUCAUAGGACUGUCAGUGUGACUUGAAAAAAAAUACAUCAUUUCUGUCUGAAAAUGCUAGGAUUUAGUGAAAGUCCUAUCCUUUGUUUCCUGUGCUGCAAACUGCAGGUGAAAUACCAUAAGCUUUAAGCCUUCAAGUGCUCUCAGCAUCCCUUCUUGAAUAAAUAGCUGGCUUUCAGGAUUUUACUGCCUCAGUUUCUCCUCCCUCAGUGCUGGGAGAAAGCCAUGUGUUUAAAUCUUCCUGGCUUUAGAAGCAGAACUCUUUAUGUGCUAAAGGUCGCAGUGCAAAAUGCUUUUCAUGUGCUGCAGUGAUUACUAACCUCAUCAAGCUCCCUUGGUGCCAGCCUCAAGGGCUUCUGUUAUGAAAGGGCUGGGGCAAGCUGUCAUUUCAUGGUGGGAGGUGGCAUUGUUUCCCUGCCACCACUCGGUGCAGGAAACAAAGGGGAGCCCUUCAAAUGGAAUGGACCCAUUUCACAAAGGAGGGCAGUGACCUUGGGCUUCUUUUUAAUUGAACAGGGACAUAUCACUUCUACUUUUCACAAUGGUGAUGACAGGCAAGGGGUAGUAAUUCCCUGUCUAGUGUUUACAAGGGAAGGCAGCUUCCCAAGGGCUUGGAACUUAACACAUUCACACCUGUUCUGUGCCCACAGCCUGGCACUGCCCAGCAGCUGGCAAUUCCAUUCUGAAAAUUCAGAUUGCUGAACAACUUGCCAUGGGUUUUGAAGUUCAGCACCUGGCAGGUACACUCUGAGCAGGACCUCAGGCCUAUCUAGCUUUACUCUUUUCCACCAAAGCUGAAAAUCUCUGUUCUCCUGACAGCCAAAGCUCUCUGAACUGCUCUUAGCCUUAGCAGAAACAGCUACCUCACUGCAUAUGUGUGUGUGCUUGGGCACAUGGACCCUGGGACCUGCAGGGAUGUGUUCUAGGAAGGAGCUGUUUGAUCAGCUCCUACCUUUUGGGAAACACAAAUGCUAAAGCAACCCCCUCCUAUUCCAAAACGUGCUAAGGGAUCACUGUGAACAUAUCUGGGGACAAUGGAAGGCAGGGUGGUGAGGGGGGCAUCAGGCAUGGUGUCCCCUACCAGAGAGCAGCAGCCAAGGUCAGCUAAGUCUCUUGCAGGCCCAAAAGCCACCAUGUACCUCACAGACCUGGGACAGCAGCACUUGUCAAACUGGUGACUGUGUCUCACAGAGCCAUCAGCUGUAGCCCUUAGGCUACAGCUUAUUUCAUGGUCCAGGAAAUGAGAUUAUCCCUAUGGAUCAGCAGUGUUUUCAGAGAAGCCUGGGAGUAUCAGCCUGACUCCUGGGGAGCUUUAUAUAAAGCUGGCAGUGGUCUGGCAGUCUCCAGAGUUAACCCCAAUAUGGCAUUUAGGAAAUCUGCUUAACACCCCUGCAGAGAGACCUUCCAUUGUGUCAGGGAAAAGGUUAACAUGCUGCUGAAAUCAAACUUGUACCUUCAGGUUUGUUUCAUUUAUUAAAAUACACUGAAAAUAGA